UAGAUGAAAUAACUCAACAUUGAAUCAGAAUGGGCGGGCAUCAAUAGAGGCGUUUGUAAUUUGUCUGCGCGUACUUCACAUUAUAUAUUCCGUCAGCACCCGUCUCUUCCUCAUUCAUUUCAGUGUGUUACACACCAUAGGCGUGCGUGCCUGUCUACACGAGCAGUACAAUCUAAAGAGUAGAUACAGUUUGUAAGCCGCUUUGGGAGACUGUAUUUUUGAAAAACUGUAUUUUUCUGCUAUGGAAAGCCAUCUGCAGGUCGACACGGGGAAUGCGGAGCUGGAUCAGGCCGUGAGACAGUGGCUCCAGCUGGACAAGAACCAUAAAACCUUGGAGAUGGUUCAGAAGCUGGUGGCUGAUCGGAAUGUGACAGAACUGCAGAAAUGUUUUGGCUUACGGAUGGAGUUUGGCACAGCAGGACUACGGGCAGCAAUGGGAGCAGGAGUGUCACGUAUGAAUGACUUGACAAUUAUCCAGACCACUCAGGGAUUUUGCAGAUAUUUGGAAAAGAAUUUUCCUGACUUUAAGGAAAGAGGUGUUGUUAUUGGUUUUGAUGCACGUGCUCAUCCUGCAAGUGGAGGCAGCAGCAAGAGGUUUGCAAGGCUGGCUGCCACAGUUUUCGCAAGCCAGGGGGUUCCUGUUUACCUCUUCUCAAAAAUUACACCCACUCCCUUUGUGCCAUAUACAGUGUCCCACAAGAAGCUCUGUGCUGGCAUCAUGGUAACAGCUUCGCACAAUCCAAAGGAGGACAAUGGGUAUAAGGUGUAUUGGGAUAAUGGAGCACAGAUAAUUUCUCCCCAUGAUCAUGGAAUUGCACAAGCUAUUGAAGAGAAUCUGGAACCAUGGCCUAAGUCUUGGGAUGUUUCUCUUUUAGAUGGCUGUUCUUUCGUUCAUGAUCCAUAUGAUGAUAUCAACAAAGAUUACUUUAAAGACAUAAAACAGCAUUGUUUCCACAGGAAUCUUAAUAAGGAAACAAAGCUAAAAUUUGUUCACACAUCUGUGCAUGGUGUUGGCCACCAAUUUGUUCAGUCUGCAUUUAGUGCAUUUGCCUUGCCUCUUCCACUGGCUGUUGCGGAACAGAAGGACCCUGAUCCUGAAUUUCCAACUGUAAAGUACCCAAACCCAGAAGAGGGUAAGGGUGUCCUGACAUUAUGCUUUGCACUAGCAAACAAAGAAGGAGUGAAAACAAUUUUAGCAAAUGAUCCUGAUGCUGAUCGUCUUGCUGUUGCAGAAAAGCAAGAAAGCGGCGAGUGGAAGGUAUUUUCAGGAAAUGAGCUGGGAGCAUUAUUGGGCUGGUGGCUCUUCAAAUGCUGGAAGAUGCAGCACCAGAAUGCCAGUGCAGUUAAGGAUGUGUAUAUGUUAGCAAGUACAGUCUCCUCCAAGAUCCUCAGAGCAAUUGCCCUCAAGGAAGGCUUUCAUUUUGAGGAAACUUUGACCGGAUUUAAGUGGAUGGGAAACAGGGCGAAGCAGCUAAUGGAUCAAGGGAAAACCGUUCUCUUUGCUUUUGAAGAAGCCAUAGGUUAUAUGUGCAGCCCUGCUGUUUUGGAUAAAGAUGGUGUCAGUGCUGCUGCCAUCACUGCAGAGCUGGAUUGCUACCUGGCAACUAAAAAUUUGACUCUGUCCCAAAAACUGAAAGCAAUCUACGAAGAGUAUGGUUACCAUAUUACCCAGGCCUCAUAUUUUAUCUGCCAUGAUCCAAAUACAAUAAAAGCAUUAUUUGAAAGGCUCCGAAAUUACAAUGGAAAGAGUACAUACCCAAACAUCUGUGGUAGAUUUGAAGUUACAGGAGUCCGGGAUCUUACAGCUGACUAUGAUUCAAGCCAACCUGACAAGAAGGCUAUCCUUCCUACAAGUAGAAGUAGCCAGAUGAUAACUUUCACUUUUGCUAAUGGUGGUGUGGCAACCCUGAGGACAAGUGGGACAGAACCCAAAAUCAAGUAUUAUGCUGAGCUCUGUGUGCCUCCUGGAAACAGUGAUCCAGAGCAACUGAAGAAAGAACUCCAAGAGCUGGUCAGUGCAAUUGAAGAACACUUUUUUGAACCAGGGAAGAAUAAGCUUGUUCGCAAAUCUGACUAAUACAAAGGAAGAACAUGAACAGAUUGUUCUUAAAACCCUUCAUAUUUUGCAGUACUGUAACUCAAGAAGAACCUUGCACAUUACCAAAAAAAAGCCUUUACGUUAGUACUUGUUUCAUUUCUUAAGAUAAUUAUUUGCAAAGCAGUACUUCAUGUUCUGAAAGUUUCCCAUUCUCUUUAUUCCUUCUCUUGACAAUAGGUGUUGCAUCUUUUUUAUUUUUUUUGUGACCCGAGUCCCACAUAAAGUCUAAUGUGUGUAAAAAUGACACUUUAGUACCCCCAUCCCACUUAACUUGUUGAAAGGUGACUCCUUGGCCAGGUAGGUGUCAUACUGCUGGUGAGUCAGGGAUUUUAUUUUUUGCUGCUGCACUCCUGAGCUACCUUUGAUCAUACCAGAGGGUGCUUUUGGUGCAAUAGAAUCCUACAGUUUCCCUUGAGAUAAAACAGGCUGGCAACUAACUACUCUGUCUUAUUUCCCCAGUUCAACCUGCUAGCAACAGACUCACUAAUCAAACCCAGAAUGCUUAUUGCAGACAUGAUAUUAUAUUGACAUUUUGCAGUACUACACUCACUGAACUCGUAUUUACUGUUCUAGAAAUGCAGGUGUUUUCAGUUU